AUGGCAAUGAUAGUAUUAUUAUUUAUAUUAUUACUCCAAUACUUAUUAAUAGCUUAUUCCUUUGAAAUUAAUGUUCAUUAUGCAGAAGGUAAUCCAGAACUACAAGCAUUCCGAAUUGAACCUUACAUUGAUGCAAAUGGGACUAUCAAGCCUAUUGAUAUGUCUCUACCAAUACCAGAUUUUAAUUUUAAUAACUGUAAAUAUUUUAAUAAAAGUGAUGAAAACGUAGAAUAUGAUAUAGGAGUUGAAAGACAACCUGGAACACGUGUUUAUUCUAUAACUCCAGGAUACUUACUAGUAACUUAUUUAAAUACAACGGACGUUACCGCCUCUCCUGCUGUAUUUGGAUUAAUUAUAAAUUGGCAGGGUGAAAUACUUUCGAAUAAUUAUCUCGGUGACGCAUAUAUUAAUAAUGAUGGUGUGCAAUUUUCGAGUAAAAUUAAUUUUUUUGCUACUGAACCAGAGUUAGGAUUCUUUGUUUCCGAAUUUAUUACUGGUUCAUACAAUAUAAAAUGGAGAUUUUUUAGUCAACCUGACGAAAGAGGACAAAUAACCUUAAGUAAUGAGAAUAUUAUUACAUUUACACAAAUAAAAUCCGAGACAAGAUUCAUUGAAUUUCCAACAAUUGCUAAAACUAAUAAAGUGUCAGAAACCGCUUUGAUUUAUCAAAAUACUAAUAACCCACCAUUAAAAAUUGAUGAUAUCACAUGUGGAAAUUCAUUUAUUAUUGUUGGUUAUUCUUGUUUUAUCGCAGUAUCAGAUGUUAGUAUUAAUGGUGGAAGAUAUGUUGUACAAGUAGAUUUUUCAUCUACUGGUUCCGUAACGGAUAUUAAAGAAAUUCGAGGUUUAAACAUAACUAAGGUUGACCAUAUUUUCAUGUCAAUUUUAUUUAAUGGAGGAUAUUUACUUACCAUACACACUAGAAUGAACGAAGGAAAUGAUGAUGUACUAGUUGUUGCACUUAAGCAAGUAGGUACAAGUGAUAUUUGGAAUAUAUAUUAUUCAGAAUUACCUCGUUUCAUAGAAGAUGAUGGUUAUUUUAAUCCAAUUAUCGAUUCAACAACUCCAAAAAUUAAUGAUACUAUUCCUAUGCAAACUCCAUCUCUGAGCAUUUCAUACAAAUCACCUGUAGAACUUUCUUCAGGAAACAUUUCAAUCUUUGAAGUAAAUGGAAAAGAAAGUUAUUUUCGACAAAGUUUUAAUGGACAGACUACGGAGUUUUUGACAAGUGACGAUGAUAAAAAAAUUACAAUAAAUGUUUUUGAAAAACCUCUUUUAGGUAUCAAGAAAAAUCAGUGGUAUAUUCUUACAGGUGAUUCGUAUGGUUCAGUAAAACUUGAUAUAAAAAGUUCAAAAUCAUUUUUAAACUUACAAUCAGAACAAGAAAAGAAGAAAAUUAGAGAUAAUUUGGCUAUUGAACUAUCAGAAUCAGCUUCUGUAAGUCCAGAUCGUAUAAAGGUAACCGAAAGAUAUCAAAAUGAUCAAGGACAAGUUGUACUCUUAUUCUCAAUAAGUGCAACUGAUGAUCCAUUUAAAUCCAGUGAUUUAUACGAUAAAUACAAGGCCAGAUUUAUUUCUAGUGUUAUCAUUACAUCUUUAAUAAUUGCGACGAUUUUAUUAAUUAUUUCAGAUUUCACAAUGGAUUUUUAUUUUGCUAUUGUUGAUAGUAAAAAAAUUAAUUUACAAAUACCAAGUCUUGUAAUUUUAAUAAUCCCGGUAGUAAUUAAUUUAGUACUUAUAGUAAAAACUACUUUUGAUGAUGAUAAUUUUCGAGAUUGGUAUAAAAAAAGUAGACCAAAAGCUUUAUUAUUUACAAUAUGUGGUAUAGUUGAUAUUGAAACUUUGAGUAUAUGUCCGCUUGGUUUAUCUAAAGAAACUGGUUCAUCUAAAAAACAUGGGUCAUCUGAAGAAAUCAGUUCGUCUAAAGAAUUUAGUUCAUAUGAAGAAACUGGUUUACCUAAAGAAACGGAUUUAUCUAAAGAAACGGAUUUAUCUAAAGAAACUGAUUUAACUAAAGAAACGGAUUUAUCUAAAGAAACUGAUUUAACUAAAGAAACGGAUUUAUCUAAAGAAACUGAUUUAACUAAAGAUGGUCCAUUUAAAGAACAUGGAUCAUCUGAAAAGGCUGGUUUAUCUAAAAAAACCUUAAAAUUGAUUAUAUGGACUGGAUUUUUUAUGUUUAUUAUUGAAGACAUUCCUCAAUUAAUCAUUCAAGUUAUAUAUAAACUUUUAAUUGUCAAUUACGAUAUUAUUCCAUUUAUAACACUUACUAUAAGUUCUUUAAUCAUUAUUAGUGGAAUUUUUAGUAAAUUAAUUGCUAUUGUUGACAUGAAAAAUAGCAGCAUUCAUAGUAUUCAUGACGAGAAAAAUGAGACAAAUAAUCAGGUGACACUGCCGAUCGUUUAA